AUGGCGCAGCAAGGACUUGAGCUCGACCGGGAAAAAUUCUGCUGUUCCCUCUGUUUGGAUCUACUGAAGUAUCCAGUGACUAUUCCCUGUGGACACAACUACUGCAGAGAAUGUAUUACCAGCCACUGGUACAUAGAGGAAGAGGAGGAAAUCUACAGCUGUCCUCAGUGCAGACAGACCUUCCAAAUGAGACCUGUCCUGGUGAAAAACACCAUGUUGGCAGAGUUAGUGGAGGAACUGAAGAAGAAAAGACCCUCCACUGAACCAAUUGAUCAUGCCGGACCUGGAGAUGUGGCCUGUGAUCUGUGCACUGGGAGAAAACGGAAAGCCAGCAAGUCCUGUCUGCAGUGUCUGGUCUCUUACUGUGAGCAGCACCUCGAACCUCACUAUAAAGUGGUUCCAUUAAAAAAACACAAGCUAAUUGAAGCUUCUGCAAAGCUCCAGGAGAAUACCUGCUCUCGUCACAGUGAGGUAAUGAAGAUUUUCUGCCGCACUGAUCAGCAGUGUAUCUGUUAUCUCUGCGCCAUGAGUGAGCAUAAAGGCCACAACAUCGUCUCUGCUGCAGCAGAAAUGACAAAGAAGCAGAGAGAGCUCGGCCCGAGUCGGCAAGAAAUCCAAAGAAGAAUCCAGGCCCAAGAGAAUCAUGUGAAGAUGCUUCAGCAGGAGGUGGAACAUAUAAAUCGCUCUGCGGAUAAAGCAGUGAUAAAAAAUGAAAAUUUGUCCACUGAGCUGGUCAAUAUCAUCAUGAGAGAAAGCUCUGCUGUCAAGAGUAAGAUCAGAUCCCAGCAGGAUAUUGAAGUCAGUCGGGCCAAAGAGCUUCAGGCGAAGCUGAAGCAGGAGCUUGUUGAGCUGAAGAGGAAAGACACUGAGCUGGGAAAGCUCACACACACACAGGAUCAAAUCCACUUUCUGCACACGUACGUCUCGUUGUCACCUCUCAAUAAACUUCCUGUCUUACCUACCUUUAAUCCUCAACCUCUGCAGUAUUUUGAGAAUGUGACAACAGCUGUGUCAGAGGCCAGAGAUAAACUGCUGAGAAACUACACUGGGGAAUGGAAGAGGAUCUCACUGACAGUAACGGAAGUGGAUGUUUUACUGCCGCAAAACCCAAAGACCAGAGCUGAAUUUUCACAAUAUGCAGUUCACAAGAAUCAGCUCAUGCUGGAUCCAAACACGGCAAACACACAACUGCUAUUAUCAGAAGAUAAGAGAAAAGCAAUCUCAGUGAAAACUGCACAGUCAUAUGGUCAACACCCAGAAAGAUUCACGCACAAGUCUCAGGUUCUGAGUAGACAACAUCUAACUGGACGUUGUUACUGGGAAGUACAGUGGAGUGGACUGGGAGUUUCAAUAGCAGUCGCAUACAAGGAUAUUGCCAGAACAGGAACAGAAAGUCUGUUUGGAAACGAUGACAAGUCUUGGGUAUUAGAGUGUUCCUCCAAUGGCAACAACACUUUCAAACAUAAAGGCAACAAAGUCAACUUUGCAGGCCGUCCGUCCUCCACAAUAGGAGUGUUCAUGGAUCACAGGGCAGGUAUUCUGUCUUUCUAUGAAGUAUCUGAAACUAUCACUCUCCUCCACAAAGUCCAGACCACAUUCACUCAACCGCUCCAUGUUGGACUCGGUAUUUGUUAUUUUGGAUCCACUGCAGAGUUUUGUGAAGUCAAGUAG